AGCGCCGGCGAGAAAGACCAACAGGAUGGCUUCGAUACCAAGUCCUUUAAAGGAACCAGGAAGCGCAAACACUCCGCAGAUGCUGCCCCGAGUACCAGAGAUUCAGGUGUAGAUCACAGUUUGGAAAUGGGAGGCCUAAUUCCGACGGAGACCCAUCUUCUGCGCCAGAUCUUCCAGUCUCUGGAUAGUGUCAGCCGUUUGAAACUACGCCGUGUGUGUCCCCUGUGGAAUUCCGUCUUGAGCGACGCAGACAGCGGUAAAACCGUCCAAAUAUCCUUCACGGCCAACCCGUUCUUCCCCAUGGAUUCGGAGAAUUCCGCGAAUGUGUACGGCGUUCUGGGUGGUAUGCUCAAGUGCAUCGCUAAUUCAACGGAGCGCCUGAUCGUCCAGCACAUACCCCGCGCCAACGAUGAAGGCGUUUUGCCGAUCAUUGGUUGGAUGCUGCGGGAUACGCGCAUCAAACAGCUCAUCUUCCACCACGGAGAAGUCAUCUGGGAGGAAUAUGUCCUGAAGGAAGACGCUGCUUGGGGUGGGCGGGUGGCUAUGUGGGAUGGUAGCGCCCAUAAGGGUAUCCGGCGUCUGGUGGCGGCGUUGCAGGGCUUGGCGCCGGUCUGUGCUGAACUGCGGUUGUAUCGGUGCGAAUUCAGUAUCAGCGACCAGAUGACGGGAGUUAUUCCCCAUGCGACGAUCAGGCUGGAUGCGCUGGAUAUGGAAGCGCAAUUCUGGGAUCUCUAUGAGGUUCAUCUAUCGCGCGAGGAAGUGGAUGUGGAGAAAGUGGCCGAGUGGAUUCGCAGUGGGUCGAAAGAACUGCGCAAACAGGUUGCUCAGUGUCUGAAUAACUGGCAAAGUCUUGAUCCGCGAUCGACGACGCAGUAUCGCGACCGCGAGUGGACGGAGGAGAAUCUGGAAUCUCUGGAUGUAUCCAAGUUGACCAACUUGACGCUGCGGGCUAUGAAAGAAAUUCACUCGGAAGAUUUGGAAUGUUCUGAUGAAGAGGAUAAUUCCAGUUGGAAAGAUUUCAGGAAGAGGUAUUUGGAAGCUGGAGAUAACGAUGAAUCUAGUGAAGAUGAUGAAUAAUUCCAGCUGACGUGUCAAAAACCUAACGGUUCUUUAGUCUUUGCCGCAACUGAACUAACAGUAAAUGAUUUACUUUUUGCUUAAGUUGUCCGUAAAAGGUUCAUGGGCUACAUGGUUAUAUGCCGGACGCCUGGGAUUUUCGCUAAUGUUUUUGUACUGCAACAGACAUAAUUACUACGUUCGGCUUAAACAUGAUAAAUGCUUACUUUAGGCUUACUUUAGUUACUACCCCACGCUAAACUGUUGAUUUGGCCAGAUAUGAAAUGCA